UCAAGGAAAUAAAAAAGAUAAAGAAAGAAAGAGAUUUACGAAGAUCAGAGAAAAAAUUUCUUAGAAGAUUUGCAAAGUGGGAUCGAUCGAAAAAAAAAAAGAUUUGCAAAGUGGGUUAGUACUCUUAUUUCCUCGUAAGAUCAUAAAACUAAAAACCAGAUGAUAUCGACUUUAUGAUUAAAAAUUGAUGUCUGAGCUUUCCAAAUAAUUGGUCGUGCGUGCUUAUCUGGUCUGAGAACAUCACCGGUCACCCUCUGGAGGUGUCAUUUCAGCAAAUAAUUCAAAGCUUGAAAAACAAAGAACAGCCAAUGAGGGGUCGAAACGAGUCAAAAUUUCUUUUGAAAUUUCAUUGACAAUGAUAGUACUUAAUGAUAAGAUUCAGCCAACAAAGUGUUCUCUUGGUUAAUCCUAACAUCAUCAGCAUCAACUCCAUUACCCCAAACAAAGCCUGGUUGCGAUGCAAAAUGCGGCGACCUUACCAUUCCUUACCCGUUUGAAUGGGUGUUCGCUUACGGGAGUUGAAUCACUUCCUUCCAACAUUACGUGCGAUAUCACAUAUGAUCCUCCCAAAUCCUUCAUCCGAGUCGGUAGAAACAAUACUGCAGGUCUAGAUCGUAGCGUCGAAGUAAUAAGUAUGUCAGAAACUGAAGUUCACGUUAAAAACUGGCCAGCUACAAGGUGUUAUCAGUACGAAACUGGUGAAUUAACCAUAGAUGAUUCUAUAGGUUGGAUGAACUUCAGUGGAACUCCAUUUACAGUUUCAUAUACUAAGAACAAAUAUUUUGGUCUCGGUUGUGAUACGUUAGCUUACAUUAGAGAACCGAUUCUUAACUUUGAAACAGAUUGUAGUACAACAUGUAAAACAGCCGCCUAUAUUAUAGAUGGGUCUUGUUCAGGAAGUGGAUGCUGUCAAACAAAAUUACCCAAAGGUGUAAAGAUGUUUGUAGGUGUAGUUCGUUUGUUGAAUACAUCAUCGGAGCCUUUAUCUUUUGAUCCUUGUAUCUAUUCGUUUAUAGGCGAGUCUGAGAAGUACACAUUGAGCGCUUCAGACUUAAAGGGUACAAGUUUUCAUAAUAAAGCGAAAGAUGUACCAGUUGUUCUUGACUGGGCAGUAGGAACUAAAACGUGUGAAGAAGCGGAACAAGAUAUGUCUAGUUUCGCAUGCCAGAAGAAUAGUACAUGUAGCAAUUCAGACAAAGUUCGAGGAUAUCUUUGUACAUGCAACGAAGGUUUUGAAGGGAACUCUUAUCUCAGCCCUGGAUGCCAAGGUAUCGAAUAAUAGAACAUAAAUGUUGGAGAAAAUAUAUUCUUGUUACUUAUAUUUCCUUAGUCUACUAGGUUUCCCAAUUUACUAGGUCUUUCCUAAACUUAGUCUUAUGUAAAUAUAGUUCUUUCCUAGAAUAUCUCUAUUUGUUGUAACCUAUUUUGUUGUAAACUUCACUAUAUAUAUCAAUGAGAAUAAACAAAAUAUUCACUGUUGAA